AUGCGGAGCAUGGCUCAGCAGGAGAGAGACUUCAGGUGGUGGAUUUUCCCUACAUAUAAGGUCGUGAAGAAGAAGAAGAAGAAGAAGAAGAAGAAGAAGAAGAAGAAGAAGAAGAAGCACGAAGCUACACAGCUCCACUGGACCGUCAAUAUGCUUCCACGAGCUACAUUAUGGCUUACUCUGGCGACGACAGUCUAUUCCAGCCCGCUCUCCCUACAUGGCACAGAAUCAUCUCCUCAUCCACCAACAGCGACCUUGCCACUUACAAACCAUAAAGAACCGAAGACGAUCUUCGUAGGUCGCACGGUACCCGAGUUCGACCAGGAUGUUUUUCUGGGCAUCAAGUACGCGGAUCAACCCGCUCGCUUCACUCCCUCUCGAUUGAAACAUUUAUAUGUCUCGCAGGACAGUGACUCGGGUCUUUGCGAUGCCUCGACAGUUGCAUCAGAUUCUCGACACGGAUCAUCGGACGUUUACUACAAUGCAACGCAAUACGGCUAUGACUGUCCGGGCUAUGGAUCCGAUACAACCGAGCUGGUUGAUCGAGGCCUGAUCAAAUUGGAUGAGAACUGCCUGAAUUUGAAUGUGAUUCGGCCUCGAGACACUAGGGGUGAAGAAUUGCCGGUUAUGCUAUGGAUCUUUGGUGGUGGAUGGACGCAGGGUGCGACUGCGGACCCUCGAUACAACAUGAGUUAUGUUGUGCAGCAAAGCGUGUUGAACGGGAAGCCUGUCCUCGGCGUGUCGAUCAAUUAUCGCUUGUCGGCAUUCGGCUUUCUGGAUUCGAAAGAAGUCAGGGCAGAAGGAAACACCAAUCUUGCCCUUCGAGAUCAACGGGUUGCCAUGCGAUGGGUGAAGAAGUAUAUCAGAUCCUUCGGUGGUGACCCGGACCGAAUCACGAUCUGGGGAGAAUCAGCUGGCGCAUACAGUGUGGGAGCACACCUUGUGACGAACAAUGGGAACAACGAGGGUCUCUUCAGAGCUGCAAUUAUGGAAUCGGGAAACGCAGUAGGUCCUCCAUACAACGGCACUGAGUGGCAUCAGCCUAUGUAUGAUCGGAUUGUGCAGAGAACGGGAUGUACCAACUCUACAAACACCCUGAAAUGUCUUCGAGAUCUCCCCUAUGAAAAGUUCUACAGCAACGCCUUUGAGGGGCUCGAGUGGUUUGCUACCAUUGACGACAACUUCAUCACCCAAUAUCCCCAGAUCAGUUAUCGCGAGGGCAAGAUAGCCAAGGUGCCGAUUCUGCUCGGCACAAAUACAGACGAAGGGACCAGCUUCGGCACAACGGGUGUAAACACAGAUCAAGACUGCAUCGCUGAAUUGACCUCCUCAAAACGCUGGGUUCUUACUCGCGACGAAGCCACAACUUUACUGUCAUACUAUCCCAAUAUUUCUGCCCUGGGCUGUCCCUACGGCUGGGGAAAUACGACCUGGCCCGGUAAAGGACUGCAAUACAAACGCUACUCGUCCAUGGCAGGAGACUUGACCAUGAUUGCACCGCGCCGGAUGUUGGCCGAAGUGAUGUCUCGGGUCAACAAGCGGGUGUAUUCAUAUCGCUGGGAUGUUUCUGCGCUCAACUCGACGACGAACAUUGGGGUACAGCACUUUGCCGAGAUCCCCUUUGUCUUUGCGAACCCGGUCCAGAAUAUCACCGCAUUGGGAUCUGAUCCAGCUCGCUUGUCCUUGGGCCAGAUGGCCGCUCGCAUGUGGACUUCUUUUGUUGCAGAUCUGGAUCCAAAUGGGCAUGGAGUUCCCCAUCUACCUGCUUGGCCUCGAUAUUCGUCCCACGCCUCCAAUUUUGUGUUUCGUUUGCCGCGCAAUGAGAGUUAUGUGGAAGCCGACACCUAUCGCGCAUCGGGAAUUGAGUACAUCAAUGGCAUUGCUCGAUGA